AAAUGACAUAUUGCUGACGAAUAAAAACAACAAACAUGUCUUUCCGUUCAGUGCGUUGGCUAUAAUUUUUUCUGUCUCAAGAUGGCGGAUAUUAACAAAUCUGAUCUGUUUGUUCGUCUGUACCUUAUCCUGGAACUUAGUGGCUUUCUCCUCCAUUUAGUCGGGUUCUGUACGCCCUACUGGCGAUCGCUGCAUUUCAAAUACACAGAGGAUGUCAUUCAAGACAUCGAUAUUGUGAUCCAGGGGUUUGACGAGGGGAUAUGGCGGAGAUGUGUCAAUGGAAUUUGUUCCGAGAUCAACGUAGUUGGAAGAGACUGGUUGCAGGUGGUGAGGGUGUUUGAGAUUGUCGCCUUUGGUUCCUCUCUGUUUGCCACCUUUCUCAUCGUCAUCCAUUUGGUGUGUCAGAAGAUUUCCCAUACCAGGAGGGUCUACUUUGUCUCAAUCGUAUCAUGCUUUGUGACAGCUGCAAGCAUUUUGUUGUCUACCAUUGUAUAUGGAGCAUCUGUCAGAGAAGGGAUCACGUGGUCCUAUGGCUGUGUGGUGAUUGGAGGAAUUUUUUACACAGCAUCUGGAACAUUGAUGCUGUUCACAUACUUUCUGACUCGUCCAAAAUAAUGAACUUCUCAAAGUUAGGAACAGGUGCUUUUAUAAUUAAAUAGCAAUUAAGUGCUCAAAAAUGUUCUUACAUUUCAAAUUAGGCUUUUUUGUGGGUCAACAAGAUCGAGAGAGAGAGAGAGAGAGAGAGAGAGAGAGAGAGAGAGAGAGAGAGAGAGAGAGAGAGAGAGAGAAUAUUUGAUGUUUAUUUUUUUUUCAAUAAAAUACAUAUGAAGGUUAUAACUGUUCGACGUUUUAUCACAACGCAUUCACACGAAUAUGACAUUGUCCUACAACAUUGUAGAUUUAAAACAUACUGUCAUAUAAAAUGCACAUAACUUAUCAUAAACAUUCCCAGAAACGAUUAGGAUUUACUUACAUUCUGUUAAUAAAGAGUGGCUAUCAAUGACAAGCCACGAAUUACA